CACGUGCACCAGGGGGCCAGUGGGGGGCGUGCGUGUCCGGUCAAGUGGUUUGAGCUCCUGCUGUCUGCGUGGAGUUUGGUAAAUAAGGAGUUUUGACCUCAUGGCGCAGAGACGCGCGCCGACUGGAUACGAAUGACGACCCAGGCGCUCUCCAAUAUGAACGUGUAUCCUUCAUUUUUCUAAUAUACUGUUUCUUCAUCGGUUGGAGUCGCUUUGACCUCGUGGGAGUCGAAAGCGAACCACGCCUGCUGUGGGCCUGUCAUGGCGGGCGACAUGAUGAUGCUAAUGCGAGGCCUGGCUAAGCUGAGUCAGGCCGUCGUGGAGACGCAGGGCACUGCCCUGCGUGGAGGGACAGGAAGCCUUCCUGCUGUCGGUGCUGCUGUCCAAAGCUUCCAGUCGGCCGCCGAGCAAGGAAUCGCCAUGGUGGUGACGAAAGCACAGGAGCUGAGUCAGCAGCAAGCCUCCUCCUCGUCCGAGUUUCCUCAGGACGACUUCUCCUCGACUGAGUUCAGCGAGUACGACGAAUUCGCGGCCGAUCAUCCUGCUGGCGCUAACAAGGGAGCAUCUGAUCCGAGCCCAGCGAGUGGGACGAAGAGCUCGCCGUUCGCUGGCUACAAGGAUCCUUCCCGAGAGUUUGGCAACAGGUGGUACCACAGUGAUGUACGCCAUCAGCACCUGCUGACAAGAAGAGGCGCGUGGCUCCAGGCAUGCGGGCGGCGGGGUUACCACCAGGAGCCGUCGUCGUCGGUGAGCGGGCUGACGGCCGAAGACCUGGAGAAGGCUCGGCAGAGCAAGCAGGUCGACGUAAAGCCGCACAAGCAGAUGUUGAGCGAAAGAGCCCGUGAGAGGAAGGUGCCCGUAACCCGCCUGAGCAGGCUCGCCAACUUUGGAGGUUUAGCUGUGGGUCUGGGAAUCGGGGCCUUGGCGGAGGUCGCCAAGAAGACCAUGCGACAUAACGACGCGGCAGGCGAGAAUAAAAAGGCCGUGCUGGACUCGAGUCCCUUCUUGUCCGAGGCCAAUGCCGAACGCAUCGUCAGGACUUUGUGCAAAGUGCGAGGGGCCGCACUCAAGCUCGGCCAGAUGCUCAGUAUUCAAGAUGAUGCCUUCAUCAACCCGCAGCUCGCCAAGAUAUUCGAGCGCGUGCGGCAGAGCGCCGACUUCAUGCCCAUCAAGCAGAUGACGAAAGCGCUAAACAGCGACCUGGGUCCAAACUGGAGAGAUAAGCUGGAGUCCUUCGAGGAGCGUCCGUUUGCCGCCGCCUCCAUUGGGCAAGUCCACUUGGCCAAGCUCAAGGACGGCAGAGAGGUGGCCAUGAAAAUACAGUAUCCCGGUGUGGCGCAAAGUAUCAACAGUGACGUCAACAAUCUGAUGACUGUGCUGAGUAUGAGCAACGCGCUUCCCGACGGUCUGUUUCCAGAGCACAUGAUCGACGUGAUGAGGAGAGAGUUGGCGCUGGAGUGCGACUACUUAAGAGAGGCUCAGUGUGCCAAGAAGUUUAGGGAGCUGCUGAAAGAACACCCGUUCUUCUACGUCCCGGAGGUUAUAGAGGAGCUGAGUAGCAGCCACGUGCUCACCACGGAGCUGGUCCCAGGCUUCCCCCUAGACCAGGCUGAGGGUCUCCCACAGGAACUCAAGAACACGAUCUGUGAGAACAUCCUGAAGCUGUGCCUGAGAGAGUUGUUUGAGUUCCGCUUCAUGCAGACCGACCCAAACUGGUCCAACUUCCUGUACGAUCCGCAGACACACAAGGUGGCGCUGCUGGACUUCGGAGCCACCAGGGGAUUUGAUCAACGUUUCACAGAUGUCUACAUUGAAGUGAUCCGCUCCGCCGCUGAGGGGGACCGAGAAGGAGUUCUGAAGAAGUCCAUCGAGAUGAAGUUCCUCACCGGUUACGAGUCCAAGGCCAUGGAGAACGCCCACGUGGAUGCGGUGAUGAUACUGGGCGAGGCCUUCGCGUCCCAGGACACGUUUGACUUUGGCGCGCAGUCGACCACGGAGCGCAUCCACAACCUGAUCCCCGUUAUGCUGCGGCACCGCCUGACGCCGCCGCCCGAGGAGACGUAUUCGUUGCACCGCAAAAUGGGCGGCUCCUUCCUCAUUUGCUCGCGCCUCAACGCCAAGCUGCAAUGCAACGACAUGUUCCAGGAGGCCUAUAGGCGCUACUGGGAGGGCCGCAGGCCGCCGGUUUGAUGCACGGGUCCUGGGACCAAUCGGAAAAGAACGAACGGGUGAGGUUUGAACGCGCACCGGUGUCGUGUUGGAGGCCAAAGUGGGGACAAAAUGAGCUGAAAGCAAAUGUAACACGGUUGUUGUUUUCAUGUAUUUUUUUUCUGUUUUGUUGGACUUUUACAAGAUGAUCAGGGUUAAAGGAUUAUGAGGAGAAGGAUGAUGUUGUCGUGUAAGGUCAGUCGGUGUGGACCAGGACCGUAAGUGUCUUCUUCAAGGCCCUCCAUGUUUCUGCUUCAGUUUGAGACUAGCUUGCAACACAAAAAAAAGAAAGGAAAAGGAAAAAAAAGCGGCUUUAAAGUGAUUAAAAACUGGAAUAAUUCAUGCUCUCAUGUUUAUUUCCUUAUGUAUGUCCUUGCUGCUUUUGAUUGCAACGUAGUUUAGUCGGGGAGACGUUUCUUUGUUUUUGGCGGUCAGUUUUAAUGAAGCUCAGGGUGAUUAUAUCGCAUUACCGUAAACAAGAAAUCUACCAAAAUCUCCUUUUUGUGUAUUGCUUUAUUCGUGUCCAUGUAUGUGGAUUCCACUUGAUUAAAAGAAAAACGUGUUUGCUGUGA